UCGUACACACUACACAUCAGAGGAGCAAAUAGCAAUACUGUACACCUUUUCCUUAUACUUGGGCCUCUCGCUCUCUGAGUGAGAGAAAGAGAGAAAGAGAAAGAGCCUCUUUUUUUCCGGUGCUCUUCUUCUUCUUCUUCUUCUUCUUCGUCAGUACCCAACGCAGCUUUUUGUAGCUUCAUUAACUGUCACACAUUUUUCCCAAUCCCUAAGCUCUCCCUCACCAGCAAACCACAAGCGAAAACCCUAAAUUAAUCUUUUUGUUUCAAGAAAUCAACCUACAUACCGCUAAUUCAAUCCCUAAAUUAAUAUAUAUAUAUAUUUUUUUAUUUGAAUUUCAUUGACUGAGAGAUUUAGUUAAUUACUUCGAUCGUGGCGACGAUGGCGACGGGGCAUGUGAUCAAGCGGGCCAAGUACAAGACCACCGCCAAAGGCUCUGGGACUCCUGGUGUAUUGAAGAUGACUGAGAACAGGAUUGCAUUCAAGCCUAAUGAUCCCACUUCAGCCGCAAAGAUUGAUGUAGAGUUUAGAUCAAUAAAAGGACAUAAAAACACUAAGGAGGGAUCUAACAAUCCACCAUUGCUUAAUCUCUCCCUUGAUCAGGGCGGGAGUUACAUUUUUGAGUUCGAAACUUUCUCAGAUCUUCAUGUUUGCCGAGAGUUUGUUGCAAAUGCUCUUGCAAGAUCUGGAGAGGCUGCGAAAGUGAAGUCCAGAGAGGCUGUGAUAGCCACUUCUGAUAGAUCUGCGGUUACUUAUUCUGAUGAACAACUCAGCACAGCAGAAAUGGAACUUCGAAUAAAGCUAUUGCGAGAGAAUAGUGAGUUGCAGAAACUUCAUAAGCAAUUUGUGCUUGGUAAUAUCUUGACAGAAUCUGAGUUCUGGGCUACAAGGAAGAAGCUGCUGGAUGGAGACAGCGGCCGAAAGUCAAAGCAACUGGUCGGUUUUAAAAGUUCAAUGAUUCUAGACACAAGACCCCAGACUGAUGGCCGGACAAACAAGGUUACAUUCAAUUUGACACCCGAGAUCAAAUAUCAGAUUUUUGCUCUGAAACCAGCUGUUCAACAGGCAUUUCUUAAUCUUGUUCCUAGUAAGAUCACAGAAAGGGACUUCUGGACAAAAUAUUUUAGAGCUGAAUAUCUCCAUAGUAAAAAAAAUGCUGAAGCAGCAGCAGAGGCUGCUGAAGACGAGGAGCUAGCCAUUUUUCUGAAGGAUGAUGACAUAUUGGCAAGUGAAGCUCGGCGAAAGAUUCAACGGGUUGAUCCAACUCUAGACAUGGAAGCGGACCAAGGGGAUGAUUACAUGCAUCUCCCAGAUCACGGGAUUUUUCGUGAUGGUAGCAAGGAUACAACUGAAUCACAGCAUGAGCAAUACAAGAGAACUUUCUUACAAGACCUUAACCGGCAAGGCGAGGUUGUUCUUGAAGGAAGAACUAUAGAUGUAGAGUUGGACGAUCCAAUGUCCGUAGCAGAAGCACUUGCACGUUCAAGACGGGAAUCUGAUGGGAAUACCAAGGAGGAGAGAAUUGAUAGGAUUUCUCGGAUGACUGAGAUGGAGGACCUUCAGGCACCUUAUGAUCAUCCUUUUGCUCCACUUUGUAUCAAGGAUCCUCGUGAUUACUUUGAUUCUCAACAAGUUAAUGCACUUAAAAUUUCUGAUGACACACGAGCUGGAGCAGAACAAUUGAGAUGUAGCCUGAGCACUGAGGAAGCAUAUAGCUUUUUGAGGGGUUCAAUAUCUGAGAUAAAGGCUACAGGAUUGUGUGCUCCCAUUGUCAAACCUGAGGUUGCUCUUACGGUCCUUAAUGGAUUGACCCAGAAUAUCUCGAGUACUAAAUAUCAGCUGGGAAAGAAUGUUCAAGAGAGUAUACUGGACAGGAUGCCUCUCACAACUAAGGAGGAACUGCUACAUCAUUGGAUAUCAAUUCAAGAAUUACUAAGGCACUUUUGGUCCUCAUAUCCAAUCACUACAUCGUAUCUUUAUGCCAAGGUGAGCAGAUUGAAGGAUGCCAUGUCAAAAAUAUAUCCACAGCUGGAGGAAUUAAAGGACUCCGUGCCCUCAGACCUCCGCCACCAGGUUUUCCUCCUUGUUCGUCCUAUGCAUCAGGCUCUAGAUGCUGCUUUUCAACAUUACGAGUCAGAUUUGCAGAAGAGAUCAGCAAAGAGCGGGGAGAAACCAAACGGAUACAUCUAGGAGAAUAAUUCUACGGUUCUCGGCUUCAACUAUCAGGCAGUAACAUUCUUUGCUGUCUCCAUAGCAGUCAUACAUACUCUACAUGACAUCAAUUUUGCUCUGAGUUUAUACUGGAUAGAGAUCGUCUUCAUGAGAGAAUAGCAGAAAGUUAAGAGCUUGAAACUUGACGACCUACUGUUGCUGCAGAGUGAAACUUGAAGGCCUACUAUUGCCUUAUUGCACCUCCUGAUCAGAACGCAAACCCUGUAUGUUUCUAGCAGUUUAGGCCCCCUUCUUUAAAUGUUUUGUUGCAGUGCCAAGUUUAAUGUUAAAUGCCACAAGUUCUCAUCGGUUACAUUAAUAUUAUAUUGGGAUGUUAGUUGCCAAG